AUCGCUUUGGAUGGGAGGCAGGUGAAAUUAUCAGCUUUGUCCCGCAUCCUGCGCCAGGAAGGAACGCAUCACCUUGAGGAUUUAAACGCACCGACACCCAACUUACCAGCUCUGGUGUGUCGCUGCCAUGGCGACCCUGACCCCCUGCUUCUUACGGAUCUUUGCUGUCCUCCAAUUGGCUGUCUGCUCGUUUCCAGAGGAACCUGGCCCUUUAAUCUCUGCCCCUGCUGAGGUGGUGAGACGAUACCCAGUGUUUGUGGGCCGAGCGCAUCGCUCUUACACCCGUCAGGAGCCACUCUACAUUCAGACCGUCCUGAAAGUCAACCGUACCCUCUACAUCGGAGCCAGAGAUGACCUUUAUCGAGUGGAACUGGACCAUGUAUCUGGAGAUGAAAUGUUCUACAGCAAGAAAAGGACGUGGGAAUCCAAUAAGAAUGACAUCCGCAUCUGUAGAAUGAAGGGCAAACACGAGGAGGAGUGUCGUAAUUAUAUUAAGGUGUUGUUGAGCCAUGAUGGAGGGCUGUUUGUGUGCGGGACAAAUGCUUUUAACCCGCUGUGUGCCAAUUACACGAGAGACACUCUGGAAUUGGUCGGCGAGCCCAUCAGUGGAAUGGCCCGAUGUCCUUACGAUCCCAAACACGCUAACGUGGCUCUGUUUGCAGAGGGCAGCUUGUUCACGGGAACAGUGACUGACUUCCUGGCCAUCGACGCUGUCAUUUACCGCAGUUUGGGAGAGAGUCCGGCUCUGCGAACGAUCAAGCAUGAUUCCAAAUGGUUCAGAGAGCCUUAUUUUGUGAGCGCCGUGGAAUGGGGGCCUCAUAUCUACUUCUUCUUCAGGGAGAUGGCCAUGGAGUUCAACUACCUGGAGAAGGUGAUGGUGUCCCGCGUGGCACGUGUGUGUAAAGGUGAUUUGGGCGGCUCUCAGCGUGUGUUGGAGCGCCAGUGGACGUCGUUUCUGAAAGCACGUCUGAACUGCUCGAUCCCGGGAGACUCACACUUCUACUUCAACCUGCUGCAGUCCACCAGCCCCAUCAUACGCAUGCAGGGCAGGGACGUCAUCCUGGGGGUCUUCUCAACACCCUCCAACAGCAUCCCCGGCUCGGCAGUGUGUGCGUUUGACAUGCAGCAGCUGGCACGUGUGUUUGAGGGCAGAUUCAAGGAGCAGAAAUCACCAGAAUCCAUAUGGACACCUGUACCUGAUGAACUGGUACCAAAACCCAGGCCUGGAGGAUGUGCUGUCCAGGGGUCGAGAUUCAGCUCCUCCAACACCCUUCCUAAUGAAGUGCUGAAUUUCAUCAAAACUCAUCCUCUGAUGGAUGAAGCGGUACCUUUGCUUGGACACAGACCGUGGAUAGUCAAGACUAUGGUCCGGUACCAGUUGAACACUAUGGUGGUAGACACUGAGGCAGGCCCACACCGCAAUCGGACUGUGGUGUUCCUCGGAUCCACCAGAGGAACCGUUCUCAAGUUCCUCAUCACACCCAGCCCGGAGAACCCAUACUCCAACACCAAUACCUUUCUGGAAGAGAUGGAGGGAUACAACCCAGAAAGGUGCGGUGAUGACUCUGUGCAGGCGAGGCAGCCUCUCUCUCUGACCCUGGACAAACCCAGUCACACGCUCCUGCUGGCCUUCCACUCCUGCGUGGUGAGAGUGUCUGUCGCACGCUGCCAACUGCACUCCAGAUGCAUGAAAAACUGCAUUGCGUCCAGAGAUCCAUACUGCGGCUGGACCAGAGGAAGUACCUGCUCACUCCUGAGACCAGGCACCAGAUUACCUUUCGUGCAGGAUGUUGAAUAUGGAAACACCUCACAUCUUGGAGACUGCGACGGUCUGUUGCGUGAGAGUUUUAUGGAUGAGCCUGAAAGUCUUGUUACUUUGAACCUGCUGGUUGUUGCUGCAGUCUCCGCAUUCUCCACCGGGGCAGCGCUCUCAGGCCUGGCAGUGUGCUGGAUCAUGGGCCAAAAACACCGUCACCGUUCGCACAGCAACACUCCUUCGUCCAGUAGUCAGCGGAAGAGUGAGAAGGAGCGUUGCAUGAUGGGACAAAGCAGGAGUGGCUCCGUGAUGAGUGUAUCCCGGCACAGCGGCACGGACCGGCCACGCUCGCAGGGAGAGACACUCUUCGUUAUGCCCAAUGGUUGGGUCAAAGCAGGCGACUUGGAUCCAGGUCUACUUCCUACACCCGAGCAAACUCCCCUGCAGCAGAAACGUGGGCUACGCCUGUCCGAUUCCGGAUCCAGCUGGGACCAGAGUCAGACCUUCUUGAGCUCGGUGGGUACCCAGUGUCCACCUCCACCGUCCACAUUGUUUCUCAGCUCUAAACUCCUGCAAGGAACCGGUCGACGUCACGAGGAAGCCAUUGAGACCGGGAUCGACCGCCAACGCUAUGUCUCUCUGUCCAAGUACCGGGAUCAGGGAAUACGCCCAGGCACUCUUCUUCGCAAGUCGGCAGGCGAAUACAACUACCCCAUGACUCCCCAAGACUCCCCUGACCGGCGGAGAGUGGUGUCGGCCCCCAGUACCCAAAUAGAGUACAGCGGAGAGCCUCUUCGCUGGACCCACGAAGGCUACAUCUUCAGCAGUCACGGCAUACCUCCAACGGGCCACCACUACACCCCGGCCUCACAGCAUCCUGCAGGACUGACACAUUCUGUGCUCCACGGGUCCCGGGGGCUCAUCGACCUGGCGGACUUCAGCCACCUGCUGGGCGGGGCCCCGUCUCAUAGUUUGCUGUGCAAGAUUAGCACUCUAUGCCGUUUCAUCUUUUGUUUCUCCUGGAUUCUGAAGGAGAGCAAACAGGAAUGGAAACCCGGAGAAGAGGAAUCACAAUGCGAGAACUACAAGGACUACAAAGUCAAGAGAUGUCAUGUGACUUGA